GAUCCGACGUGAGUACGCAGAGCAGUAUUUUUGUUUUCUAAGUCCCGGUAGAUGAUUCUAUAUUAUCCAUCGCACGUCUUUCUCUUUCAUCAAUCCCAUGUUUGCAAUGGAGGUGCUCCCGUACUUCUUAAUCGGCCGAUUCCCCCGCAAUCGGACUGUUUCGCAUACGUCGAACAAUUCGAAUGAUUCCCAUAAAGUACGUCGAGCCAACACGCUCGCAUUCUGAGGCAGGGUCCCGUUCUUCCAGCAGUCGUCAUCAACACCGUGAUAAAUAAACCCCCUCUCGUAAUUCUACAAGGUAUCAACAGAUCUUGUCUAGCUGAAGAAGUUACAUCCGUGAAGGAAUAGCUAGUGGAUAACUGCAUACGAGGAGGAAUAUUGACAGCUGGAGAAUACAAAGUCAAGUCCGACUAUCUAAAAAUUUCCCCCCGAAAGUGCAGCUCACCGAAGCCCUUCCAAAUGGUCUUUAUCAAAGGACAUUUAUUUGAUGGAGAGAAUGAUAUUCGCCCAUGUUCAGAGCGUAAUCUGCGCUUCGCCAUCCCUCAUACAAGUCGGUCUCCUCCUUGCUGCAUACGAGUACGCAUGUGGACGGCCAGAGAUGGCUCUCAUAUCUGUGGCAACUUGCUCAAGGAUGGCUCAAAGCAUUGGCAUUGAUAAGGGGAGCAGGAUCGGAAGUGCACAGCAAUGUCUCGGUGAGCGCAUACGCGGAACCCCUGAGGAAAGGAACAUAUGGUGGGGCGUUGUGGUCUUGGAAAGAAUAGUUUUGUGUGAGGUUCCACACAGGAACUUAAGGCCUACGACCGAAUAUCCAGGAAAGAACGCGCCUCUACCGUCUGACCUAAUACCUUUUCAGAAACAGGAGGAACAUAUAUCCAGCCAUGAGCGUUGUAAUACACCUCCACUGUCCGCAAUACAGGCCCAAAACGUGAGCAGCUUUGGCCGCCGAGCGCAAGCCGUAUGCCUGCUUGAUCAGGUCCUAAAUACUAUAAACUCUCCGCCAGGAGUAGUCCUUGACUUUCUGGAGCUUGAGAAACUUGACCGAAAGAUACUUUCUUUCCUGGAAGUUAUCCUUCGCCGAGUCAAUACCGCCUAUUUCCCCUCGAUUGCCUUUUUUUUAUCUUUUUUCUUUUCUUUUUAAGCUAUUAACAAUAAAAUAGUAGUACAGAUUAAGGCCAAAAAGAGUAAAGC